UCUCAACCCCAGCCUCAUUCCCAGCCUCAGCCCCAGCCCCAGCCUCAGCCCCAGUCUCAGCCCCAACCCCAUUCUCAGACGAGGCUUCAGCCUCGUCCCCUGAUUCCAUCCUGACUCAGCCAGUAUCCAACGGCAGGCUGUCGGGCCACGGGCGUAGCAACGGGCGUAGCAACGGGCACGGCAUGGGCAACUCCUCCAGAAAGGAGGACGAGGACGAGGAAGAGGAGGAGAAGGAGAAAGUAAUGGAGGAGAAGAGGAGGAGGAAGAGGAGGAAGAAAGAGGAGGAGAUGGAGGACGAUGAGCUGCCCUUAGGGGUGGAGGAGAUGCUGGCGAGCGGAGAUCCCGUCUUGGACCUGAGCUAUAAGAAGUUCCGCAGGUUACCCGGUGUGGUCUGUGGGCUACGCCACCUGGACAAGCUGUACGUGUGUGGUAACAGCCUGCGGAGCCUCCCGGAGAACAUCGUCCAACUGAAGGGCCUCCGCAUCCUGGCUCUGGACUUCAACAAGAUGGAGGACGUCCCGUUGGCCAUCUGCCAGCUCCGCAACCUGACGCGUCUCUACCUGGGCUCCAACCGCCUGAUGUCUCUCCCUCCGGAGCUACGUAACCUUCAGAGUCUCCGCUGCCUCUGGAUGGAGAGCAACUAUUUCACACGCUUUCCCCGCCAGCUCUACGACUUACCCCACCUCAGGUCCCUCCAGAUGGGGGACAAUAGGCUACGGACCCUGCCCCCGGACCUGGGGCGCAUGGAGGCCCUGCGGGGACUGUGGCUCUACGGAAACCGCUUCACCGAGUUCCCCCGGGUCUUACUCCGCAUGGUGGAUCUGGAGAUCUUAGACCUGGACAAGAACAAGAUCGAGGUGUUCCCUAACCUGAGCCGGCUCCCCGCCCUCCGCCUCUUCUCCUACGACCACAACCCCGUGGAGGGGCCUCCCGGCGUGGGGGAGGAGGUGUUGCUGGUUGGGGAGGGGGCCCAGGAGGAGCUCCAGGAUCGGGCGGACAGGAAGGCUAAGAAGGAGCAGGAGGCGAGGGACGCGGAGGAGGCGGUGCUGGCCGGGGACGGGCCUGUGAUCCAGGGCAUUCUAAAGACGGCCAAACAGAACAGUGCGUCGCACGCCGGGCACAAGCAUAACGAGGUGGUAACCGUGGCGAUGCCCCUAACCGAGGAGGAGAGGAGGAAGAAGGAGAUGGAGGCGGAGUUAGAGAAGGCGUUGAACGACUACGGGGCGGGGCUUGAGUACGACUUGGAGGGGAUGGAAUACGAGAAGGAGGAGUUUGUAUGUGAGGGGGAGGGGUAUGAUGGCGGGGAGUUGGAGUAUGAACAAGGAGAUAUAGACUAUGAGGAGGGGGAGGAGCUAGAGGAACCAGGAAGACAAGUGGGCCGGCAUUGAUGACUGGCUGACUUCUCCCCCUCCAAAGCCUCUGACUCCUCCCCUCCUAAGCCUCUGACUCCUCCCCUCCUAAGUCUAGACUUGUUUGACAUUGCAGCAGACAUUGCAGACCGAUCUACAGUCACCUUGCAUCAUAAAUAACUACUUAGAAUUAUUUGUAGAUCAGUCAGUCAGUCAGAAUUGAUCCACAAUCCAUCACAGAUUUGAUGCUCUCGGACACAGCCUCCCCUCCUUCGCCUCUGACUACUACAACACCCCGAGGGCUAUGGGAGGUGAUGGGAGGGAACGAGGGCUGUGGGAGGUGAUGGGAGGGAACUAAGUGGACAAAAUAUAUGGAAAACACCCAGGAAUUAUCUAUCAAGUUUAUUGAAAUAUUUUUCUUCUGCAUUUCAUGGCUAGACCUUUUUAUGAGAACGCUCCAGCUGUCAUGACAAUACACAACUAGAGGGUUGUUUAACUUUAGUAAAUCCUGUGUGAAAUGAAUUAAUGAAUUAAUGAGUAGCCUCCUGAACCCGUUGCUGUAAUAGGUGACUUUGUCUUUCUCUCUGUAGUUAGCAGUAGGACAGGGCUGAGACACUAAAUGACUAACUCAUUAGAUGUUUUUCUAACUGACCUGUGAAGAUAUAUUAAUGCACCGCACAUUGUGGGGAUGAUGGCUGGAUGGAUGAUGGCUGGAUGGCUGGCUGAAUAGAUGGAUGAUGGAUGGCUGGCUGGAUGGAUGGCUGGAUGAUGGAUGGCUGGCUGGCAGCGGCGUCUUUGCCAACUCUGCAAAGUGGCAAGUCGGAGCAGGACUCAGGUGACGCUGUGUGUGUGUGUGUGUGUGUGUGUGUGUGUGUGUGUGUCUAUUUGUGUGCGUGUGUAAACGCGUACACG